UUCAUUAUAUAAGUGCAUAUAUGUUGUGGUCUCCUAUUUCGUUCAAUGAAAGCACACCCACUAGGUUCAUGAACCCGUCGGACAUGGCCAGCACCCACAAUCGCAGCUUAGAAGUCACCGUCAUCUCCGGCGAAGACCUCCGCAUCAAUGACCGGCCCAUCAAGAGCAAUGCCUUCGUCACUGUGAAGGCCGACUCUUGCGGCUCGCCUUCAUUGCAAGACUCGACGAAACCCGAUGCGCUGAGCGAGAGCUACCCUUACUGGGACGAGAAGCUCCACUUAGACUUGCCUGCGGGCUCGCGCUACCUUGUCAUCGAGGUCUACCGGAGGAGCUCCGCGGCCGGAGACAGGCUCAUCGGGACAGCCUGGAUUCCGGUGUCGGACUUCGUUGGAGACUACACGCCGGAGAAUUACCUGCAUUUCUUGAGUUACAGGCUGGUAGACGCCAAAGGCCUGCGCAACGGGAUCAUCAAUAUCUCGGUCAGGGUCGUCCCGUCGUCAUGUAAAGGGACUUCUGCAUCGCCUUCGUUGCCUUCCGUGCCCAAGUUCGGGAUUCCAGCCGAUCGAGUGGGGACAGGCGGGACGGUGACCGGCGGGACGGUGACCGGCAUGCCGGUUUGGUAUCCCAAUCAAUGGAAAUCUUGAGAAACACGGGUGUUUCGAUUCUAAACUUUCAGGAGGCAAAGAAGGUAUCCAGAUUGAUGAGUUUGGGAUUCUUUGGUAUGUCAGUUACGGUUUGGUUUUUGGUCACGCAAGUGAUCGUCGUAUUGGUGUAGACAGAAUCGUAAUACAAAU